GCCGCGGCACACGGCAGUCCAUUGGCGAAGUCCUAACGAACAACCGCCGGUCACGGAAGCUUUCCGCGUCGUCGAAAAGUUCGCGAGACCGCGUGUACUCUCUUAUAUGCGUUUAAAGAAUUUUCAUAUUAUAUAAAUAAUUGUUUUAAGAUUUUUACCGAUCGCGAGAAAGAAAAAUCUGAUUUUCACCGGUUUUCUUCUUUUCUCAAGAGUGUUGUGUUAACAGGAUUGAUUCAUCUUAAAUGUGAUAUCAUAUUUCGAAUUAUUUUCUUCGGUUCUUCGAAAGGAAAAAGUGAACUCGCGUGAGACGAUUUUUUUUUUUUUAGAAUAAGUGAUAAACAACGUAGAGUGUUGGUUUGACGCGAUAACAUCGAGAUGUGAAAACUAUGUAAUAUUGUGUUGCGUGUUGGUUUGAGAUUAAUAAAAGUAAUAUAAGAAAGAAAAAGAAGAGAGAGAAAGAGAGAAGAAGAGAGAGACAAUAUUAAUAAUAUUUUCAUCGUCGUCCAUAUUCGAACGUGAACGUAGAAGAAAGAAGACAGAUUUUUUGGAGAUUUGCAAUAUAUUUUGUGCGUCGCUCAAGGCAAAAGAAUAUAGGAAGAUAGAAGAGGAUAGAGUCAUCGAGAAGAACGAUAGUGUGUUAGGAAAAGAGACAGACAGAGAGCAGAGAGAGAGAGAGAAAGAGAGAGAGAGAGAGAGAGAGAGAAAGAGAGAGAAGAGGAUCAUAGAACGAACAGAAGCAGGAAAGCGGAACGUGCUGCGACUUUGGGACUAGAAAUGAGUUGAGGAUUGGCUACGAUGUUGAGUCGUUUGUCGGCCGUGGUGGCCUCCAUUUUGGUUCACCAGGUACACUUUCUGUGCACCGCAAACUCUCAAGGCGUGAAGCCAGUUCCCGGGCUGGAAAACCUGCCGAGGUCGUUCUGGCGUGAGCUCAGUUCACCCUUUACAGAGGUGUACGAAGUGGACAAUUUUGCCACUGAAAUCGGUGCAACGCCCGAGCCAAGGCCGUUUUUCGAAGAUCCUGAGAGCAACAUUACAGUGCAGUUAGGAGCUCAAGUACACAUGCACUGUAGAGUGCAGAAUUUGCAAAAGAAUUUGAAGGUGUCUUGGGUACGAAGACGUGGCGAGGAUUUUCAUUUACUUACAAUCGGUCUUGAUACGUAUGCGAGCGACUCGAGAUUUUCAUUAGAGUUCGAAGGCCCGAACGAUUGGCGAUUACAGUUGAAAUCGGCGACUGAAAGAGACGCAGGACUUUACGAGUGUCAAGUCAGUGUACAUCCGCCAUUAAUCAGAACGGUUCAUCUGUCGGUAUCAGUACCAAGAGUUGAAAUUGUUGACGAACGUGGCGCAACUACAGGCGAUAAAUUCUAUAAAGCAGGUAGUACGAUAGAGCUGAAGUGUGUCGUUAGUAAUAUACCUCAACCGACUGGAUACGUAACAUGGCGGCAUGGAUCUCGUGCACUGAAUUACGAUACCACCCGUGGAGGAAUCAGUGUGAAAACCGACAUGGGGUCGACCGGAGCGGUUUCGAGGCUCUACAUUGCCAAUGCGAAUAAGAAAGACAGUGGGAAUUAUAGUUGCGCAUUGGCCGACAUAGCUGCGGUCACUGUCGUCUCCGUCCACGUGCUCAACGGAGAAAAUCCAGCGGCGAUGCAGCACGGUGGAUGCGGCAGCUCAAGGGCAGCAUUGGUCCUCAUCAUUCUUGCGACAUUGUCAUCGCUUUCAAGGUGACCGUGAGGAUUUUGCGCUGCUACGUAACUUCGCGAUACGAAUGGUGCUAAUUAACUUUGUCACGUGAGCGAUGACAUCGGAAUCGUUCGAAACGAGAUGAAGAUGGAAAAUUAACGAAAAGAUACAAUUUUUAGCACAAGAAGAAAGAUGAUAAUAAAAAAUUCAAGAACGGAAGGAUCUCGUUCGGAUGCCGAGUGUCCACCGUGUUCCUUUCAGUAAUUUCAUGAUAAAAGAAAAACGUUCGAAUCAGAAUUAAGUUAAUAAACCUUGUUCGAAUUCGCUGCGUGGUAAAUCUAAAUCUUAUAUAUAUAUAUAUAUAUAUAUAUAUAUAUAUAUAUAUAUAUAUAUAUAUAUAUACAUAAUAUCCUGAAAACCCAAGAACUAUCCUUAAACGAGCUCAGAGCAACGAAAUUUCAUUUCCUGCGUUCAUGACCAAAAAUCGUAUGAACGCUUAUAUCGAUCGCGAUCUUAUGCAAUGCACGCGUGUGAAAACUUGACGAAAACGGCACGUUCCGAAAUCGUUGCGAGCACAUUUUAUCUUCGCCCAAUACGAGGGAUAAAAUAAUAAUAAUAAUAAUAAUAAUAAUAAUAAUAAUAAUAAUAAUAAUAAUAAUAAUAAUAAUAAUAAUAAUAAUAAUAAUAAUAAUAAUAAAUAAUAAUAAUAAUAAUAAUAAUAAAUAAUAAUAAUAAUAAUAAUAAUAAUAAUAAUAAUAAUAAUAAUAAUAAUAAUAAUAAUAAUAAAUAAAAGAAUGGACGUCGAGUGACUGGACAUCCGACACUGAUAUAUUAUAUAUACACAUAUUAUAGAUAUAUAUAUAUAUAUAAACACAUACAAAUACACCCACGCAUACACACAUACACAUCGCAUUUUGUAUGUACACAUACUCGUUCGUGUCACGAAAAAAAUCGUGAUUCGAAAAUGAAAGAAUGGAGAGAACGAAUUGGAAUCGAACGCGAACGGACGGAUAGACGCCGUUGUCAAUUUUUCUUAGUCUUCUUUAAUUAAUAAGGAAAAAAUGUUCCUUUUUUCUUUUCAUUAAUUCUUCCUUAUCGACUUUUUUACUCCAAACUCGUUGAUAAAAGUGUCUGCAAUAUCGUACGUAAUGAAAGAAAUAAAAACGAAAUAAUAAUGUUUGGUCGUAUUAAAUUUAUGAUCGGCAUUAGCAAUUCAACAUAUCAACACGAUUUUCAACGUUACUACAUAGAUACGUAUCGAAGAGUAAAUUUUUCCAUAUCGAGAUUAAUGUAGGCCACGAGGUUUGAUUCAGGAUCGAGAAUUCAUUAAGAGAAAUUUCAAUGAAAUACUUAGAUCGAAUCUCGAAUGAGAAUUUUUUUUAACGGGUUCACAAGUUACAAACCAAACGACCAAGCUUAGCGAAAUAAUAAUUCGCCGUAAAUAUACGAGCUUUCUUCGAUCCAUCGUAAAAUUUUAGAUUCCCUUGUACUAAACCUUGUAUCCGAAUCCUGUACUAACGUUUAAGCUAUGUAAAUAUGCUUUCCUCGUACGCGGGUAGGUAUUACAAAUUUAGCACUUUGAUUAUCGGCCCGUUCACGAAGAACAAUCAUUUUUGCAAAUGUAACGGAAGUUAUGUUAUAGAUUUUCAAUGAUUUCGUAAAGCUCAAUUGAUCUAGCCCGUAUAUAUCGUUAUAUUCCUCAUUAGAUGAAUUGAACUUUUUGAGAGAAAAAGAAAAGAGAAAGAGAGAGAGGGAGAGAGAGAGAGAGAGAGAGAGAGAAGGAGAGAAAAAGAGACUAAAAAAAUAUUAUUUUCGAAGAUAAAAUAAUACGAUAAUAAUCCGUCGAACGAGUGACUGGUUCUCGUCAAUGUCAUUGGGUAUGAAUUAAUCGUAGUUAGUUACACGAUUUAUCGGCGAGUACGGGGAGGGGGGAAAGGCUUGUAAAUUAAUCGGCGCCUGUCGACCGAACGUCGUUUCUCGUUCGUGCCAAAUACGAAGUAUUUUAGGGGAAAUGAAAGGUCAUCGAUCCGGGCUCUGAUUAACGCGACAAAUUAUUCGACAUAUAUAUGUAUGCACACACGUAUGUAUGUAUGUAUGUAUGUAUGUACGUAUGUAUGUAUGUAUGUAUGUAUGUAAGUAUGUAUGCACGUAUGUAUGUAUGUAUGUAAGUAUGUAUAUAUCUCUGUGUGCAUAUCCUUGUGUGUAUGUAAUGGAUGUCGGACGAUAUUAAUAUAAAAAAUUUAAUGGUUACUCGGAGCUUUGAAGUCAAACUCGAAAGAACUCAGUAUUUCUAGAAUUUCAGAGCUGCCGGAUCGAUCGUGAAAGACCAUGCAAGAUAGGUAGGUAGGUAGAUACAUAACUAGAUAGAUAGAUAGGUAGAUAUGUAGGUAGUUAGGUAGGUAGGUAGUAGAUAGGUAGGUAGAUAGGUAGGUAGCAACAUACCAGGAAUAGAUAGAUGCAAAAUACAGUACACGCUUGUUCGUCAAGAUCAAAGGAAUCAGUAAAAUAAAGAAGACGAAAAUGAAAAUUGAUAAGAAAAUUAUAAUAACUCGCAGAGGUUUUGUACGUUUCCUUCGCGAUUGGAUAUUUUUCUUUUUCUUUAGCUUUUUUUUUCUCGUUCUUUUUUUUUUAUAUCAAAAAAACCUUCGAUCAUUACUCAAACAAAUGAAUUUCAUACGAAGAAACAUUACCGUAUAGAUAGAAUAUUGUUCGCAUUAUUUGAUAAUGAUGAAAAUCGAACAUCGAUCAUGUGCCUCGAGUUUAUUCGAUUAUAUUGUUAGCAUUAUUUCGUUGGCCAGGAAGAAAAACUGUUGGGAAAUCGAACGUAAUCGUCGCUCGUAUCGACCAUGAGAAUGAAUCGUUAAGUAGACUCCACGACAAUGACGUACGGACCGUUAAAUCGGUCGGAUGUCCCGUUUUCAUCUCUCUCUCUCUCUCUCUUUACUCCCUCUUUCCCCCUCUUUUUCUCUCUCGUUCUAUUCUCGUACCAAGGACCCCACCACUGUUCCAUUUCUCACCCACCUCAAACCCAUAUAAUACGAUAAUUUAACGGGAGGCAUUAUUGAACGUUGCAGCUGCAAAAUAUUUCAACGGGCUCGGGAAAGCCGUCGCGCAACAACCACAUCCGCCGGUAGCAGUGGCAGUGUUCGUGAUAAAUUUAAUUAUUACGCCGCUCCACGGUUAUCCGCCGCGGUCGAAUAACGAAAAAUCGGACUUCUCUUUCUCUGAAACUAUCUGUCUGUCUCCACCCUCCUCUCUCUCUCUCUCUCUCUCUCUCUCUCUCUCUCUCUCUCUCUCUCUCUCACUUUCGUACGUUUCUUUUUCUCCUUUCCUCCAUAAAUGAAACCAUCCUUCCGAAAGUUUAUAUUUGAUGUCAUAAAUUUUCAAUCUUAUCUCGAUUACAUGAAGAAAUUUCAACUUUUCAUAACGACGUUCUCCCUUUGAUAAAUAUUAGAGUAAAAGAAAUGGCUUUCCCCGCGAUUAAAUGUUUUCUUUCUUCUUGAAACGAAAAUUGCAAGUUUUUCUGUAUUCUUAAAUAAAAUUUUUCUCGCGUAUACACGAACUGAAAUAAUAAUUCUACACAAUUUUUCAUUCGAUAGCAGAGAGAUGGGGGAAGGGAGGGAGGGCGAUGAGGGGAAGGUAAAUAUAGUAGAUAUGUACGAAUGGUUUUAUGGUAUUUAAAAAAAGACUCGUUAAAAGGAACAAAACGAUGCAUACUCUAAAUUCGUAUUGUUAUUUCAUCGAUUAAAACGAAAUAACCGAACAAACGUAAAAUAACGAUCCACUUGGGAAUAUUAAAUAUCACGAUUUUUUAUAUACACUUAACGGGCUUUUGAUAGGGCGCUGAACAUAUCGAAAAUGUCGACAACCAAAAUUGUUUUUCUUUGAGAGAUAAAAACGACUAUGAAACGACUAGUGAAAAUUUUCAAUUCACGCUAUCGCUGUAGUCAAACGCGAUCUACGAGAUUGUAUCGCCAAGAAGAGAAUCGUAAGGUGUUGGGUAAGGGGAGAAAGAGAUAACGGGUAGGUAGAUAGGUAGAUAUCGCCAUUGAUACGAUAGCUCGAUAGUGUUGGAGAAAACGUAGAGAGACAAGUAGAAGAUAUGGCACGGCACGAUACGCGGACAACGACGCUCAUAACGAGUUAAUGGGGUUUUAUAGAAGCUACGAUGGAGGUGAUCGAGUUUAGAGAGCUGAAAUCCCGUUCGAGUUCUCUCUCUCUUUCUCUCUCUUUGUCUCUGUGUUUCUAUAUUUCUCUUUAUCUAGAUAAUACAUAUAUAGAUAGAGAUAGAUACAGUGACUCUCGAUUCGAUCUUCGAUUCUUCCUGCUCUUGUGAGAAUAGUCUUUGUUUACUCGUCGUUUCGUUUAUCUUCCCUGUUAUUUCCUUUCCUUACGACAUUACAGAGCGUAAAGAGUAUCAACGGUACGACGUUAAACUUCAUUCCAAUUUACGUUUAUCCCUUGAGGAACAGAUGAAACGAUAUAUAUUUAUCGAUCGAUUGAGUUUCGUUUAUCAAAGAUAGAGAAGAAACCAUGUUAAUGAAAGACGGACUGUGACAACUUUUCGAUAUUAAAUUCAUAGAAUCGAUUUUCUGAAUGGCUCUUGACUUUUUCUUCUUCUGUUUUUAUUUAUUUUUCUUUUUUUUUUCACACGUGUACGCCACGUAAGAAUAAAUUCGUUACUUAAGUAAGUUUAAAAGUCGAAUGAUAUGGAAGAAUGAUUACGAGAACAAUUAUCUAACAAUUAAACGAACCUGUUUACGACGUCGAUGUGUCCGUGCGUUUGAUGAAAAAAAAAAGAAAAAAGAAAGAAAAAAAAAGAAAAAAGUAAAAAAAAACGAUACAAAAAAAAAAGAAAAGAAACACAAAAAUAACAAAAUCAAGAGAAAAAGGAAGAACGAUAUGAAAACUCUGGUGAAAGGUGUAAAAUUUUUUUGGCAAUAUUAAAGUCGUUGAUCGAUAAUCAUACUUCGCGUCAUGCCCAUAGCAAUGUAUUCGUAAAAAUAAACGAUAAAAUGGACGAGUUGAGAUCUUCUAAUAAAGCAUUGUAAUUUGUUGGCACUAAUAAUGAUCAUUAAGCGGUUAAGCUGGGCGAACGAUUGUGUCUGUGUGUGUGUGUGUGUGUGUGUGUGUGUGUGUGUACGUGUGUGUGAAAGAGAGAAAGAGAGAAAGAGAGAAAGAGAAAGAAAGAGAGGGAGAAUAUGUUUUCGUGUGUGUUUGGGUACAAAUGCGUAUGAUCAUACGAAAAAGAAAACAAGAGUAAAAAGUUCGAUGGAAUGAUAACGUGAAAGGUCAAGAGAACGAAAUAGAAAAUCCAUUUAAUGUCGAUAUUCGCUGUUCACUAUUUGUAAGAUUCGGGAGGAGAAUACAAUAAAAUUCAUAGUACUUAA